AUGGCUUCACUUCGUCUUCGAUGUUGUCCCUCAUCAAAAACACCUUCCUUCUCCAUUCAUCCAAUAACCCACAAGUUAUCUUCUCUCCAUAACCAACCUAACAACUUUACUUGUAAUCUCAACGCCAACAAUUUCUCAUUCUCACGCUCUCUUUCUUUUCCAAUUAGAAUCAACAACAAAAAAUUCAGGCAUUUCGUUUUGCAUUUCUCUUCUACAACUCAAGACCACCCGGUUGUUGAUUCCUCUUCACUUAAUGAUGCUGUCACCGAGUACCAAUCAAAGACUGAAGAAGAAGAAGAGCUUCCGAAAACCAGAUUGCUUGCCUCGAAUGUUCCAUGGAAUUGUACCACUGAAGAUAUUAGGGCUCUGUUUGAGAAGUUUGGGACAGUUGUAGAUGUUGAGCUUUCAAUGUAUAACAAGACCAGAAACAGGGGCUUGGCUUUUGUCACUAUGGGCUCCCCAGAAGAGGCAGUUGCUGCUCUUAAUAAUCUCGAAUCUUUUGUAAGAGUUCGAGGGCCGUACUCUGAAGCUGAAUUAUGCAAAGCCAAAAAGAAAAAACCAUCACCUCCUCCGCCACCCAAGCCAGGGCCAACGUUCAACUUGUUUGUAGCAAAUUUGCCAUUUGAAGCCAAGUCGAAAGAUCUUAAGGAGUUCUUUAUUGCAGAAGGUGCUAAUGUUGUUUCUGCUGAAAUUAUAUUUCAUGAUAAUCCUAGAAGGUCCUCCGGUUAUGGAUUUGUCGCAUUCAAAACUAGAAAAGAAGCUGAUGUGGCCCUUUCUACUUUCUCCGAGAAGGCAUUUAUGGGAAGACAACUUAGAGUUGCGCGCAGUAAACAAUUUGUCAAAAAACGAACAGAAGAUGCUUCACAAUCUGAUGGUACUUCGGAUGAGUUGGAAUCUGACAAGGUGCAAGCAGAUACACCUAAUGACAAUUGA